AUGAGGUUCCCCACCAUCGCCCUCGCGGCGGGUCUCUUCCUCACCACCCACGCGGCCGGCUCCUUCCACCGCGGCACGCCCAAAAUGGACAUUGGCCCAGAUGACGACACCAUCUCCCCCUCAACCCUACAGAAGCGCGCCGAGUCCUUCAACGGUUGGGGCACCUUCGACCAGCUGAUCGACCACGCCAACCCGUCGCUGGGCACCUUCCCGCAGCGCUACUGGUACGGCACCGAGUUCUGGAAGGGCCCCGGCUCGCCCGUCUACCUCGUCACGCCCGGUGAGCAGAGCGGCGAAGGAUUCAACCGCACCUGGCUGGGGUCGGCAAGGUUGUCGGGUCUGAUGGCCAACCAGACGGGUGGCGCGGUCGUGAUUCUGGAGCAUCGCUACUGGGGCGAGUCGUCGCCUUACGAGGAGCUGACGGUGCAGAACCUGACGCAUCUCACGCUUGAGAACUCGCUAAAGGAUUUGACGUAUUUCGCGAAGAACUUUGUUCCGCCGUUCGAUACCUCGGGUAACAGUUCCGCGGAUAAGGCGCCGUGGGUGUUUGUGGGCGGGUCGUAUGCUGGUGCGCUGGCAGGGUGGCUUGCGGUGCUGGAGCCGGACACUUUUUGGGCGUACUAUGGCUCGAGUGGUGUAGUCGAGGCGAUUGGAGACUUUUGGCAGUAUUUUGUGCCUGUGCAGGAGGCGACGCCCAAGAACUGCAGUGCCGAUGUCAACGCGGUGAUCAACUACGUCGAUUUGACGCUCAGCUUUGGUUCGGAGAAGAAGAAGCAGGAGUUAAAGGAUAAGUUUAUGCUGGGGGACCUCGAGGAUACCGACUUCGCUUCUGCGCUCGAAUGGGGCCCGUGGCAGUGGCAGUCGACGCAAUUCUACUCGGUUCGGAACUCAGGCUACACCCCUUACUCCCGCUUUUGCGACUACAUCGAGAACGUCUGGCCAAACUCGACCAACAAGGUCCCCGGCGCGAAGGGCGUCGGUUUAGCGAAAGCUAUGGACGGCUAUGCCAAGUGGUUCAAGGAAGAGAUGCUUCCCGGUUUCUGCGAGGAAGGCGGCUACGCCGACUGGCAGGGCACCUACAACGUCGGCUGUUUCCAGAACCUCAACGCCUCCAACGUCGCCUACAAGGACCUGACUCCGGGCAAUUGGGUCAACCGGCAAUGGCUGUGGAUGCUAUGCAACGAGCCGUACGCAACCCCCUUUCCCCUCAUCCUCCUCUCCAUACAAACACUAAUGACCUCCCUUCUUCAUCACAGCUUCGAAUGGUGGCAAGAUGGCGCCCCCCUCCCCUUACCGACUCUCGUCUCCCGCCACGUCAACGCCCAAUACUUCCGCAAGCAGUGCGAGCUCAUCUUCCCGCCCUCCGAAGGCGUGCCCUACGGCAUCAUCCAGGGCAAGCGCGCGCGCGACGUGAACCGCUGGACGGGUGGCUGGACGGCCAUCAACUUGACGCGCGCCAUGUUCACCAACGGCGAACUGGACCCGUGGCGGGACGCCACGCUGUCGAGCAAGUUCCGGCCGGGGGGGCCGGCUCAGAGUACCGAACGGCGGCCGGUGAGAUUGGUGCAGGGCGGCGUGCACUGCUCGGAUUUGUACGGGCCGAAUUGGGAAGUCAAUGAAGAUGUUAGAAAGUUGGUGCUGGAGGCGACGGGGCAGAUGAAGGGGUGGGUUGGGGAGUGGUAUGAGGGGAAGGGGGUGGGGAAGCCGUGGGAGGUUUGA